UCCUUUCCCCCACAAAGAUGUUUCCUGCCUCGUUUUUCACACUUGGUUUAUUUCCCCUUCUUGCUUCUUCUUUUCUGAGUUCCUGCAAACGAGGCAGCCAGGAAACAAAACCUUAGAGCCUUCCGAAAACCGGACCCAUUGCUUCGGAAUAAGGAUCAGUCUAAGCAAAAGGCCAGGGAGGCUCGACGACGACGUAAAAGAAAGCCGCAUGUCUUUCCAGCUCUCCGUUGGACCUUAGGAUGGAAGCCGUUGCGCUCUACAACUUCCAGGCCAAAGAGAAGGAUGAGCUGGCCUUCAAGAAAGGAGACACACUCAAGAUCCUCAACAUGGAAGACGACCUCAACUGGUACAAAGCCGAGCUCUUUGGCGUCGAGGGAUUCGUCCCCAAAAAUUACAUCAAAAUGCGGCCUCAUCCGUGGUACUCCGGCAAGAUUUCACGGCAAGGGGCCGAAAAAGCGCUCCUAAAACGCCAGUUUCGGGGAGCCUUUCUCAUCCGAGAGAGCGAGAGCAGCCCCGGAGACUUCUCCAUCUCCGUCAACUGCAGCGAGGAAGUCCUCCACUUCAAGGUCCUCCGGGAGAAGAACGGGAAAUACCACCUCUGGGAUGAGAAGUUCACCUCCAUCAAUGAACUGGUGGAUUUCUACCGGAGCCACAGCAUCGGCAAAAAGCGGGAGGUCUUCCUCCGAGACCACGGCGAAAUGCACGAGCCCAGGAAGCCAAAGUUCGCCCAAGCCCAGUUCAACUUCUCGGCCGAAAACCCUUCCCAGCUGAGUUUCCGCAGAGGAGACGUUCUCGAGAUCCUGGACACUUCGGACCCCAACUGGUGGAAAGGGAAGAUCGGGGUCAAGACGGGCCUCUUGCCCCGGAACUAUGUCUUCCCCUUGCGCCUGUGACCCUCCAAUUGGAAAGAUCUUGAAAUUGAAAGAUCUCCAGAACUUCCUUGGUGGACCUCAAUGGUUCUCCUUCUUGGAUCUCCUUCCAGAAAAAAGAUGGACAUCGGUGGGAAAAUAUUUUUCAUCCCAAACUGGACACUCUUAACUUUGGUUUUCAAGCUCUCUGGACUCAUGAACCCAAAACUAUGGGUGCUUCCAAAUCAAUCACCUCCAACCAUUGGCUGGAGAGCAUCUACACUGCUCAACAAAUGGGAGUUGUAGUUUUGCAAUGUCUUGACCCUUCCCUGCCAAAUGCUGUCCAGACUUUGGUUGAACUGCCAUGGCUCAAUGCUGUGCAAUCCUGGGAGUAGUAGUUUUGCAAGGUCUUGAGCUUUCUCAGCCAUGGCUUAAUGUGAUGGAAGUCUGGGAGUUGUAGUUUUGCAAGAUCUUGACCCUUCCCUACCAAAUGCUGUCCAGACUAUGGUUGAACUGCCAUGGCUCAAUGCCAUGCAAUCCUGGGAGUAGUAGUUUUGCAAGGUCUUGAGCUUUCUCGGCCAUGGCUGAAUGUGAUGGAAUCCUGGGAGUUGUAGUUUUGCAAGGUCUUGAUCCUUCCCUGCUAAAGACUGUCCAGACUAAGGUUAAACUGACAUGGCUCAAUGCUAUGCAAUCCUGGGAGUUGUAGUUUUGCAAGGUCUUGAGCUUUCUCGGCCAUGGCUUAAUGUGUUGUAAUCCUGGGAGUUGUAGUUUUGCAAGGUCUUGAGCUUUCUCGGCCAUGGCUUAAUGUGUUGUAAUUCUGGGAGUUGUAGUUUUGCAAGGUCUUGAGCUUUCUCGGCCAUGGCUUAAUGUGUUGAAAUCCUGGGAGUUGUAGUUUUGCAAGGUCUUGAUCCUUCCCUGUCAAAUGCAGUCCAGACUUUGGUUGAACUGCCAUGGCUCAAUGCUGUGCAAUCCUGGGAGUUGUAGUUUUGCAAGGUCCUGAGCUUUCUCGGCCAUGGCUUAAUGUGAUGGAAGUCUGGGAGUUGUAGUUUUGCAAGGUCUCGAGCUUUCUCAGCCUUUCUUGCCUUUUCGGAUAUCGUAUGUCCCUUAAGCGAAAUAGGCGUAGAAAAAGACAUUGAUGGAAAUGAGGACGAUCGCAUUCACGUUGCAGAACCGAGACCAGAAGGCAGAUCUGGACACUUUGGCUCUUUCCGUUUUCAUGAAAAUAUUGCAAAGUUGCUUUUUUGGAGGAUCUGUUAAAGACAGAAAAAAAGAACAAGAGGAAAGAAUUUCCUAUAAAAUAGUCCCAUUAUCCCCUGGCCUGGCCAGUAAAUCCUUUGAAAUAAAUUCAGUUUGCAAACUAUGGGUUUUCUGAGCUGUAUGUCCCAGUAGCAUUCUCUUCUGACGUUUCACCUACCAACGAAGGAUUCCCAACAUCCUAUAAGGUUGUGAUGUUUGUUGGAAACUAGGUGAGUGAGGUUUAUAUAUUCCCUGCCUGGGGGAAUCCUUUGUUGGGAAGUGUUAGCUGGCCCUGAUUGUUUCAAGUCCAGGCAGGACGCAGCCAGGCUUUGAAGCUGCAAGGCCAUUUAAUGCUAAUCAAGGUGGCCAAUUGCAACAUUCACACUUGCCUCAAGCAGACAACCCUGGAUAUAUAAACCUCCCUUGCCUGGUUUCCGACAGACCUCACAAGCUCUGAGGAUGCCUGCCAUAGAUGUGGGCAAAAUGUCAGGAGAGAAUGCUUCCGGAACAUGGCCAGACAGCCUGGAAAAUCUUUCUCCCACCCUGGACAUUAUUCCUCAGAUAUAUAAACCCCACGUGCCUAGUUUCCGACAGACCUCACAACCUCUGAGGAUGCCUGCCAUAGAUGUGGGCAAAACGUCAGGAGAGAAUGCUUCCAGAACAUGGCCAGACAGCCUGGAAAAUCUUUCUCCCACCUUAGACAUUAUUCCACAGAUAUAUAAAACCCAUGUGCCUAAUUUCCAACAGACCUCACAAGCUCUGAGGAUGCCUGCCAUAGAGGUGGGUGAAACGUCAGGAGAGAAUGCUACCGGGACAUGGCUAAUACAGCCCGGAAAACUCAUAGCAACUCAUGGGAGUUCUAGUUUGCCAUUCUUUAGCAGAACAGGCUCGAGGCCUUAGGAAACUCCGAUCCCCAGGACUCCGCAGCAUCGAACCAUGCCAGUUAAAUUGGAUUACAGUAUAUACUCGAAUAUAAGCCGACCCGAAUAUAAGCCAAGGCACCUAAUUUUACCACACAAAAAAACGGGAAAACAUUGACUCCAGUAUAAGCCGAGGGUGGUAAAUUUCAGAAAUAAAAACAGAUAUCAAUAAAAUUACAUUAAUUGAGGUAUCAGUUGGCAAAAUGUUUUUGAAUAUUUACAUAAAGCACAAAUUUAAGAUAAGACUGUCCAACUCUGAUCAAAUCAUUAUUCUCAUCUUCUUCAAUGUAAAUGUGCUUAUGUAUCCUUUUAAUAAUAAUAGAGUAAAUUAAUACAUUUAAUAAUAAUAAUAAUAAUAAUAAUAAUAAUAAUAAUAAUAAUAAAAAAUACAGGAAAAAAUACAAGUAAUAAUAAAUAGAGUAAAAUAUUAAAUGCAAUAAGAAUAAUGAUAAGAAGAAGAUCAGAGUGAAAUAAUAAAUGUAUUAAUAAUAGUAAUAAAAAUAGAGUAAAAUAAAUGUAAUAGUAGCAACAAUAAUAGAGAAAAAUAAUAAAUGUAAUAAUAAUACCAAUAAUAAUAGAGAAAAAUAAUAAAUGUACCAUAUAUUCUCGAGUAUAAGCCGACCCAAAUAUAAGCCAACCAGGGUCCUCACCCGAGUAUAAGCCGAGCGGGGCUUUUUCAGUCUUAAAAAAAAAGGGCUGAAAAACUAGGCUUAUACUCGAGUAUAUACAGUAAUUCACAAAAAUAAAUUCUGUACCGUUUCUCUCCGAUCCGCAGAAGCCGUUCUCAGGCAGCGGAUUGGACGGGUCGGCAAGAGAAGGUCCGUCUGGAUGCUUCAGGGUCCACCAAGUCACAUCCUUUACCUUGCAUGUAAAAUAAAAUAAUUUUUUGGA